UGUCUCUUCUUUACGCUUUCUUUUGUUCCCUAAAGUCUUUAGAUUUAUCUUGAUCACUGGAACUUCUUGUUAAUGGAUAUUCACUGCUUAAGUUCUUAGGGAUAAGAGAGAAGCUUUGUGCCUUAUUUCUGAAAAAAAUGGCUGUUUGGUCACUAUCAGCUGGGAUAGGAUCUUGUUGUCUUCUUAACAAUGGCAUCACUGAAGCAUGGAGAUUUCCUUUUACCUGUUUUUCAACUUGUAAGAACAAGACUCAACGUGGAUCUGAGACCCUGAGAGUUACAAGAAAACAUAUCUCUGGGGAUUUGGUUUUGCAAAGUUAUCGGUUGAGUAAGAUUUGUGUUUCAAAAACUUUUACCGAACUCAAGGAAGAGGUAUCUACGAAAAGUACUCAGGUCGAUGACCUAAAGAAGGUAACAUCCUAUUCGUUCAGGACCAAAUCUGGUGCUCUUGUUAAAGUUAAAGUUGAAAAGAAGAGGGAAAAGUACAGUAUCAUGGUUUAUGUCUCAUCGUUGGAACUAAGUGGUGGUGAUGACAAGAGUAGACUGGUGAUGGUUUGGGGUGUCUACAGGUCUGACUCUUCUUGUUUCUUGCCUCUGGAUUUCGAAAGGUCGUCUCAGGAUUCACAAACCCACACAACAGAAACUCCCUUUGUGAAAAGCUCCUUGUCUGAGUCAAUGCUUGGGCUAGAGUUUGAUGGGAAAGAAUCUCCUUUCUACUUAUCGUUCCGCCUGAAGGAUCCGAAUGGUCUAGAAAGGUUGACUCAUAGGGACACAAACUUCUGUGUCCCUGUUGGUUUUACUCCUGGUCAUCCCUUGCCAUUAGGCCUUUCUUCUGGAGGAGAUGAUACCUCAUGGAAUUUCGCUUUCUUUUCAAGAAAUUCAAAGAGUGUGGUUUUAUGCUUGUAUGAUGAUACCACAACUGAUAAGCCUGCGUUAGAGCUUGAUCUUGAUCCUUAUGUCAACAGAACAGGUGAUGUUUGGCAUGCUUCAGUUGAGAAGACAUGGGAGUUUGUUAGAUAUGGGUACCGUUGCAAGGAAUCUACUCACUCUGAGGAAGAAGAAGUUGAAGCUGAGAAUGUUGUUUUGGAUCCAUAUGUUACAGUUAUUGAAAAAUCAGUCUCUCAGAAGUUUCUUGGAAGCUUAUUCAAAAACCCUUCUUUUGACUGGGGAAGAGAUGUCACUCCAAACAUACCACUUGAGAAACUCAUCGUUUACAGGUUGAAUAUAAAGGGUUUUACACAACACAAGUCUUCCAAGUUGCCAAGUAACAUAGCAGGGACUUUUACCGGUGUAGCUGAGAAAGUGAACCAUUUGAAAAGCCUUGGAACCAACGCUGUUCUCUUGGAGCCAAUAUUCUCCUUCUCCGAGCAACAAGGUCCUUACUUCCCAUUUCAUUUCUUUUCACCUAUGGACAUGUAUGGCCAUGAUUCAGCAGUUAACUCAAUGAAAGAGAUGGUAAAGAGACUGCACAGUGAGGGGAUUGAGGUACUUUUGGAAGUAGUUUUUACACAUACUGCAGAGUCUGGAGCUCUUCGUGGAAUUGAUGACAGUUCUUAUUAUUACAAGGGAAGAGAUUAUGAUUUAGAUUCUAAGAGUUACUUGAACUGUAACUUUCCUGUUGUUCAGCAGUUGAUUUUAGAGAGCCUGCGUUAUUGGGUGACUGAGUUUCAUGUAGAUGGGUUUUGUUUCAUCAAUGCUUCCUCUCUCUUGAGAGGUGUCCACGGUGAACAUCUUUCUCGCCCUCCCUUGGUUGAAGCAAUAUCUUUUGAUCCGCUGCUUGCGGGGAGAAAACUCAUUGCUGAUUGUUGGGAUCCACAUGACAUGAAGAUGAUGCCAAAGGAAGUAAGGUUCCCUCAUUGGACGCGAUGGGGGGAACUCAAUACAAGAUACUGUCGGAAUGUACGGAACUUUGUGAGGGGAAGAGGCCUUCUUAGCGAUCUGGCUACAAGAAUUUGUGGAAGUGGUGACGUAUUCACUGAUGGAAGAGGUCCUGCUUUCUCCUUCAACUACAUUUCAAGAAACUCAGGACUCUCUCUUGUUGACUUGGUCAGUUUCAGUGGCCCUGAGCUAGCUUCAGAGCUAAGCUGGAACUGUGGGGAAGAAGGAGCAACAAACAAAUCAGCUGUUCUUCAGACAAGGCUCAAACAGAUACGCAACUUCUUGUUUAUACAGUACAUUUCACUUGGCAUCCCUGUGCUCAACAUGGGAGAUGAAUGUGGAGUCUCUACGAAGGGCUCGCCUUUGUUGACAUCACGGAAACCUUUUGACUGGAACAUGUUAGCUUCAGCCUUCGGUGUACAGAUCACGCAGUUCAUAUCUUUCAUGACUUCAGUAAGAACAAGGAGAAGCGAUGUGUUUCAAAGGAGGAACUUCUUGAAACCUGAGAACAUUGUUUGGUAUGCAAACGACCAAACAACUCCGAAGUGGGAAAACCCUGGUUCCAAAUUCUUGGCGUUGGAGAUCAAAGCAGAGACAGAGGAAGAAACAACUGCAUCACUGGUUGAGCCAACCGAACCAAAGAACAAUGACUUGUUCAUUGGAUUCAAUGCCAGUGAUCAACCUGAGAAUGUUAUCUUACCUUCACUUCCUAGUGGAAGCAAAUGGAGGCGGUUGGUGGACACAGCUCUUCCUUUCCCAGGGUUUUUCUCUGUUGAAGGAGAGACCGUUGUAGCAGAAGAAGAAAUGAAUCAACCAGUGAUGUAUGAGAUGAAGCCGUACAGUUGCACCCUUUUUGAAACAACCAUCAAUGCUACUGCUUAGAAACUCAAGUUAUGAUAUCUGUAUAUGUUAAAUAUUGUGUUAUCAUAUUUGAAAUAAGAAUAUUUAAUCAAAUCAAUGACUUUCC